GGUAUAUUUAUGGAAGCUGAAGACCGAACAUAAGAACUACGCAUACCUUCCCGGCCCAAAAAAAUGGCAGCUGCUACUUCUCUCACUGGCACUGCUCCUAAGCUCACGUCUCCUACUCUCCAAUCUCUCUACAGGAACUUCCCCAUCGCAAUUCCUCUCUAUUCCUCCUUUCUCUCUCUCCCCAAAACCCUAUCCUCUCUCCCUCCUCGCCGCCUCUCUCUCUCUCCCUCUCAUCUCCAUCGCCGCCAUUUCUCUGUUCGCUCUGACUCCGAUAAUGGCGCCGAACCUGCUCGCCACUACGAUUUUGACCUCUUCACCAUCGGCGCUGGCAGCGGAGGUGUCCGCGCCUCCCGCUUUGCUUCCAAUUUUGGUGCUUCUGUUGCUGUAUGUGAGCUACCGUUCUCCACUAUAUCUUCCGAGACUACUGGAGGCGUCGGUGGCACGUGUGUCCUUCGUGGAUGUGUACCGAAAAAGUUGCUUGUGUACUCAUCAAAAUAUUCUCAUGAAUUUGAUGAGAGCAAUGGUUUUGGAUGGAAAUAUGAGACUGAACCAAAGCAUGAUUGGAGCACUUUGAUGGCUAAUAAGAAUGCCGAGUUACAGCGCCUUACUGGUAUCUACAAGAAUAUUCUAAAGAACGCUAAUGUCACAUUAAUUGAGGGGCGUGGAAAGAUUUUGGAUCCACACACAAUUGAUGUUGAUGGAAAACUCUAUUCAGCAAGACACAUCCUGAUUUCAGUUGGAGGGCGACCCUUUAUUCCUGAAAUUCCUGGAAGUGAAUAUGCAAUAGAUUCAGAUGCAGCUCUUGAUUUGCCCUCAAAGCCUGAAAAAAUUGCAAUAGUUGGUGGAGGCUACAUUGCGUUGGAGUUUGCCGGUAUAUUCAAUGGUUUGAAAAGUGAUGUCCAUGUAUUUAUACGGCAAAAAAAAGUGUUAAGGGGCUUUGAUGAAGAGAUCAGAGAUUUUGUUGCAGAACAAAUGUCUUUAAGAGGAAUUGAGUUCCACACGGAGGAGCCACCCCAGGCUAUUAUUAAAGCAGCAGAUGGUUCCUUGUCUCUAAAGACCAACAAAGGAACAGUUGAAGGCUUCUCACAUAUCAUGUUUGCAACAGGACGUAGGCCUAACACGAAGAACUUGGGAUUGGACACAGUGGGGGUAAAAAUGAACAAGAAUGGAGCAAUAGAGGUUGAUGAAUACUCACGCACAUCAGUUCCUUCAAUUUGGGCUGUUGGAGAUGUUACAGAUAGGGUGAAUUUGACUCCAGUUGCUUUGAUGGAAGGAGGAGCAUUGGCAAAAUCUCUGUUUCUGAAUGAGCCAACAAAACCUGAUUAUAGAGCAAUUCCAUCUGCCGUUUUUUCCCAGCCACCAAUUGGACAAGUUGGUCUCACUGAAGAGCAGGCUAUAAAAGAAUAUGGUGACAUCAAUAUUUUCACAGCUAAUUUCAGGCCGUUGAAGGCCACUCUCUCAGGGCUUCCAGAUCGGGUUUUCAUGAAAUUAAUAGUCUGUGCAAAGACAGACACAGUUCUGGGGUUGCACAUGUGUGGAGAAGAUGCACCAGAAAUUGUGCAGGGAUUUGCUGUUGCUAUCAAAGCUGGCUUGAAAAAGGCGGACUUUGAUGCUACAGUAGGUAUUCACCCAACAGCAGCUGAGGAGUUUGUCACAAUGAGGACUCCUACACGGAAGAUUCGAGCUGCGCCUCCAUCUGAGGGAACAACAGAUCGUGAAGUUGAAGCUGCAGCAGGCGUUUAGUUUGGGUUGUCUGUAUCAUACAGCGGCUCCUUUGUGGUAACACCAAGAAAAUGACGGUGAAAAAUCUGCCGUGAAACAAUUGAGAGAGUGCGCUGCUCGGAUGCUGACAACAAUUGUACUGUUGACUUCUUGAGGAAUUGUGAAUAACAGAGUUUAGUUGGAACCACUGGGGUGAAAAUGACUACUUCAGCACAAGAGAAAGGGUGCUUUUGGAAGGAUAGUAUGUAUAUUCAUAUAUAUUACUGGUGCUUUCUUGUUAUUUUUGGCUUCCGAACAUAAGAAACAGCAAGAAUUGUGAAUCCAGACUCAGAGAUCCAUUUGGGAAAUAAUUUUUGCUCAACAUUACUUCUUUGCUUUGUAAUUCCAUAUGGUGAGAAUUAUUCAGUUUUUGA